AUGAAGCCUUCUACUCAUACUGCACCCCCACAAGCCCCUACGGCUGAGACAUUAGACGAGAAAGAGACACCAGAUCUUCCACAAUCUACACUACCUGCAGCUGAAGAUGUAUCACAUGAUCCGUUCCACGACCUAAUCCCCGGCUGCCCACAGCUCGCUGGAAGGAUGGGCAUUAUGCCUGAGAUAGGCAUGUUCAGAAGAUUCGGCGCACUUAAUGCGCGCAGCCUCCUCUACUACCAGAACGAACUGGCGUACCUAGAGGACCAGUUGAAAGAGACCGAGGCUGAAGACGCGAAGAGUCCAGAGGGCAAGAAAGCGUGGUACAGCCACAAUGCUUAUUGGCUCAACACCGCAGACCGCACGACAGACGACGAGCUCCGAGACGGCGACAUGAGGCAAAGGGACCUCGUGAUGCGCAUCAGAUGUCUUCUAAAAGAAUACAACGACGCACUCAUCCAACAGUCCACCAUACUCCAAAGCAUGAAGGAGCCCGCUGCUUUCGACCUCGACGAUAUCCAGCACUUCCUAGCAAGCGACCUCAUGAAAGUCCUCACAGGCCUAGAUGGAACCGUCUGGGGUUCUUAUCAACAACCAAACAGUUACAGCAACGAACUCGUCGUCCUCCGGGGCCGAAAGAACAUGGAUCCCUUCUCGCGGAACAUGGGCGCAAGAGCUAUUGAUUGGAUCGUGAAGCUUGGUGGCAAGCGCUGGAAGAAGGUCGACGCUCGCUUCGGAACUGUUGCUAUUGAUGAGAGUACAGUCUACAUGUUCACAUUCUGGAUCACGAGUGCUGUUGCUUCGGUUUUACUCGUUGGCCCGAUCUUCAUACUCGCGAACACCAAUUCUCUCGAUGAACAGCUGGUGGUUAUUGCAGCGUCGAAUGUUCUUACUUCGGUUUGCUUGAUGUACUUCACUCGUGCACGGAGGGCUGAUGUCUUCGCCAUUACUGCUGCGUAA